GCUUGUGGCUGAUUUUGCCUUUGGCCAAUAUCUUAUCCCAAAUUUGCCCAGUAUGCCCACGUAAUAAACUUCCCUUUUAAUUUUAAAUAAAUGUUGUAUUUCAGAUAUUGUUGUUGCUUUUGUUUAGUAUGUUAUCUCUCAGCAUAUUUGACCUCCUUCAUGCACAAUAAUCAUAUUGUUAACUUAAAGUUGUUUUGAGUUGAUUUCCCCAGCAGAUGGUGAUGAAGACUUUUGUAACCAAGCAAAAUAGUUUUUUCCUCACAGUUUCCUCUAAAAAGUAUAACAACAGCACUGUGUGAAGUGUCAGGGGGAUUAGUUCACACAAGUCUAGACCUGGCAUGUAGGACAAACAAUGACAUAUCACACAUAUCAUAUGUCAGUAUCAUAUUUCACUUUCCACCCUCUCCUCACACACCUCUCUGAAAUGAAAAUUUAGGCAAAUGUAAAUCAAUAUUCACACACUGCUCCAUUCAUUAGAAAUUGUAGCACAUAGGGUGGAGCAAGGUGAGGUAUGUUUGUGUGUGGGCGUGUAGAUAACAGGAGAGCUUCAGAAAGUGACAGAACUUGGUCGAUGGGUGUCUAUGACAGGAAGACAAAGAGGAAGACAGAACAGGAAAUUUGAAUGAUAGACUGUGACUUUCUCCCUCUGCUGUGAAAGUGACCUAACAUCCAGUCUUCUUUUCUUUCAGAGCACUGAUGUCAAACACAACCUACAACCAAGAAGCCAGUGAGCUGAUCUGUCCCUUGCUACUGAACAUGAAGAAUCACAGCCUCAACAUACACCCAAAUGCCAAUAUGGUGAUGGUUUGCUUCCUCGGCCUGGUCUCCUGCCUGGGGAUUUUGGAGAAUGCCCUGAUCCUGUGGGUGGUGGGCUACCGCCUACGGCGACGCACUGUGGCAUCUGUCUGGGUGCUUAAUCUGGCCAUGUCUGACUUCCUGACGACUCUAACACUGCCCCUCUUCACCUUUUACCUUGGCUCCUCGCAUAGCUGGGAACUUGGCAACCCACUUUGCAAAAUACAGGCUUCCAUUUUCUUCUUGAACAUGUUUGUGUCAGCAUUCCUUCUGGCAGCAAUUUCACUGGACCGCUACCUUCUGGUGGCCAAGCCAGUGUGGAGUCAGAAUCAUCGGUCAGUGGCAGGAGCGUGGAAAGUUUGUGCAUUGGGUUGGCUGUGGGCAGUAAUUAAUACAUUACCUUACUUUCUGUUUCGCUCAGUGACUGUGAGAAAUGAUAAUAGGACUCUAUGCUAUCAUAAUUUUGCCAUGUAUUCAUCUCGAGACACUCUGGAGAGAGAUUGCAAAGUAAGGCAAGCAGGAACAGCCAUCUCCAAAUUGCUGCUAGCAUUCCUGUUCCCCCUGGUAGUGAUUGCAGGGAGCUACAUCAAAAUUGGUCUCAGUCUGAAGAAUAGGAACAGGAGGAGAAUGCAGAGUGCAAGGUGCCCUGAUGCACUUAUUGUGUCAAGUAACACCUCUCCAACCACAAAAAACACAAAUAUCAUUCUCAAGCCUUUGACCACUGAUGCAUCUUUAUCCCAAACACGUACUACCAUGUCUGAUUCUAUCUCUAAUCAGACCAGUCAAAAUCAGCUGUCCCAGAGCUUCACCAAGAUGGUGACAUUUCUGAUCACAGCAUUCGUACUGUGCUGGGCUCCUUAUCACAUCUUCUGCAUAAUCGAAGUGACAACCCAGUAUGGGAUGCCAUAUCUUAAACUGGUGGAGGUGGGGCUGCACAGAGCCACAACUUUUGUGUUCUUGAAUCCAGUGUUGAACCCCAUUCUGUACGCCUUCAGCUGUCCAAAGUUCUGUGUGAAAAUACGACAGAGUCUGGGAGCAGUGUUUGUCGGUCUGGUGGAGGAAGGAGGGGGCUUAAAAGCACAUAUGAAGCGUAAAAGCAGUCGAGAUGCAGGCAUUGCAUCAUCAAAGUCACCAAAGGCUUUAUGUGCAAGUCCCUUCCCAAGACAAGAAUCAAAAACUGAGGCAGAACAUGGCUUUUAGAUCAUAUCGGAUUUUUGGCUUCAUGUUUAAUUCAGUGGGACGCAUGUAGCCUACAGUGCUUAACAAAUGUAUUAGACCAUCACCCAAUAUAAAGUUUAUGCCAAAGCUGCCCAAAAUUAACAGCAUUAGUAAUUACCGAAAUAAUCUUUAUGUUUCUGUAAUGGUUAAUACACUAGUAUGUAAAAGCUCUUUGACCAAAAUAAUAUUUUUAAUGCUGAAAUAUAAUCGUUGUUGUUUUCUAUGAAUUUUCAAAUUUACUGUUUUAAUAAAAAAAACAUUUAAAAAAUAGUGAAACACAUUAUUAUUUAUUGAUUAAGAUGUCAUAUUAGUAUUAACAGAAGAAUUCACUUUAGUGGUUAAAUGUUAUGCUUGAUUCAUUUCUGACUGAAGCCCAGUGAGCUGGCUCAAAUUUGGGUAAAAAAGUGAAUUCAGUUUGAAACUUCUCAUUCUUGUGAGAGAAGAAAUGGUAAAACAUAGAGACCUCACUGAAAAUGAAAGCACUUCACACGUGUCAUGAUACUUGAUGGUCUCUAAAAGGUGGUCUGAUACAUUUGUUAAGCACUGUAUGUGUAGGAUUAUUUUCAUAGAUGCCCUUUGACCAAUCACUAGUGGGCAGAGGUUGGAUCUUACUGACUUUCCUUUAAUGUCACUAUGAGGUUGGCAUUUUUAUUUUUUGAGUGAAAUAAAAAAAAAAUAUAUUGGAUUAAUUUUGGUACAGAUGUUUAUCUUCCCCAGAGGAUGAUUGUAAUAACUUUGUGAUCCCUUAACUUUCCAUUUAUAGCCAUCAUCAGGUCAUAUUUUGUCAAAUUUGACAAAAUACGUGCAAUUAAACAAACUCAGUUUCAUAUGUACUUUGUGUUUGGGACAAAUUAACGAAUGUUGACAUGCAAACUCGCAAAACUAGUAUUCAAUGCAGAGAAAUGUCCUCUGUGACUGAUAUACUACAAUUCCAUUUAAUUUAAGGGAACCAUCAAAGCUUUUUGCUUAAACGGUGAAAGCUGAAUUUGUAUUAAAACUGUUAGGUCAGUUUAAUUUGAAAAACACUUAGUGUUUUAUGUAAAAUGUUUAUUUGUUCAAAUGCAGUGAAGUAAAAAGCACAAUAUUUCUACUAAUAUGUAGAAAUUAGCAUACAAAGUUUCAAAUUUGUAUAAGUUUGUAGAAAUUAAAUUUUUGUAUACCGAUAUUGUAACUGUACUUAGUUACAUUCCACCAGUGAUAAUGUAUAUAGAAAACUACCACAGUGUUAUGACUGUGGUCAUUUUCUUUGUGUCUUAGUCUGUGUGUUUUUUGUGUGCCUUGUGUUGUCUGUCAAUUUCACAUGCAAACAGGGAUGUGCCAUCCCCAGGAGGAGAUUGGUGGAGUAAUUUCCAGCCUAGCCCGUGAUUGGCUGUAGCUGAAAACACCUGAGAUAUAAGGAGCCAAGAUGGCAGUCAUCAGGAGAAUAACAGCAUUUCUGCAUCCUCCUCCUCUCCCAACCAGCCACAUGUCCUGUUGUGAAGUCCUCUGUUUGCGAUUCAAAAGUUUUUCUUUUGUUUGUUUGAAGAGUAGGGGUGGACUGCCAUUUGAGUUAAUCGUAUUUUCUCCUGUUUUCCGUUAGUUAGGAAGGUAAGUUUAUUGUAAUUUAGUUUUUUUCUGAGGUAAGAGAUUUAUUUUCUAGAUAGAGUUGUUUGGUUGUUGUUUUGGCCUUGGUCCACCCUGAAGAUGAUUCCUUAGUUAUAGUUGUUUGAUCUUUUGAGUUUUGUAAAUAAACCAUUUUCUUUUGUACAUAACACUUGUUGUAAGUGGCUACUUGGGACUCGGGGAAGAUUGGGACACCUUUUUCUUGUUAUGCUCUAGGCCCCUAGACUGGGGCAUAACAACAGUAUUUGCAUUUUGUUGUAUUAAAUACAAUUAAAUGUAUAUAAUAUAAAUAUUUUGCACAGCAUAAAUGGCGUCACUGCCAUAAGUUACAUUUGCCUUUGUUUCUGUGUAUUACAUUGGUAUUAAAGUGUAUUAACAUGUCAUCAUUUGAUUCUUGUGCCCUGAAAUUCCUCAGCUUUCACGUUCUCACGGGAAACUGUAAAUAUGAACAGGAAAUGAACUGCACUCUUAAGGGUGUUACUUUUAUCUAUAAAUAUCUCAGAGAUUUAUAAGAAAAUGGGAGGGGUCAUGAGUGGCCAUGCACCCCAAAUAGCUUUAGUAUUUCGAACAUAACAGAUUUAUCCAAAUUAAACGUCUAUCAACAGCAAAUUGCAAAAGCUAUGUAAGGGCUCACAAGCCAAUAACUUGUUGCAGUAGAUCAUGCUAUGCAGAUUUUCUCCACCAGAGAGCACUAUUGCAAUGAUUUCAUAAACAUUGUGUCGUGAAAUUAUAUAUUAUGCUUUUCAGGUCCUGUAAUCCAGAGGCACUUUAAAUCUGAACUGCAAAAUGUCUGACCACCUUUCUAAGUGAUUGGGUUUCAUCAUAUCUGAUAACCAUUUUGAUUGACUGUCAAUUCACAGCCGUCACAAUCGUCUCAUUCCAUCACUCUCAAUUGGACACACCUGCUUGUGUGCACAGGCUGAGGUGUAAUGUAGGCCACAGCAGUGUGGGAUUACCGUGGAGGUGGUUGUAAUUUGGACAGAAUAUCAGAGAGUGAAGAUUCAGAAUAUAAAGACAGAGCAGGAUUAAACCUAACGGGUCAGACUGACAUACAAAGCUCCACUUUCCUCUCAGCCAUUCAGUUCCAGCAGAUUAUCUUUCUCUCUCCCGCCCUCCCUUUGGGACUAUCUCUGUCAUGUUCUCCCUCUGUUUUCAUCUUUUUCUCUCUUUAUGUAUUUUUGGCGUUGCGUUUUCUCUUUAAAGUGAUGAACAAUAAAGACACUUUACAGUGAACUUAACGUGACUGAGAUACAAGAAAGACAAAAGAGGAAGGAGGAGAGAAUAAAGGAAGUGUCACGAUAGGUUGAAAAGCAUUCUGUCAUGUGAUUUUAAAUCAUCUUUCCAAACAAUCAUCUCCACUUUCACAAAAAAGAAAAAAAAAAAACAUUCAGUGUGUCAAAGUUACAGUAGCUCAUUUCAGUUCAGUAUGAGGCAUUCGUCCAGUUCACUUAUUUUGGUGGCAGCAAUAACAUUUCAUUUAGUUCAUUUAAAUAAGUGACUACUAUUUUUACAAUUUUGUUUGACAAUUGCAAAUUUGAAUGUGCACUGUGGUGGAUAUUUAAAAAAUGUACUACUGUUCAAGCAAUAUUGUUUACCUUCUAUACCAUAUCAUAAGAUAAAAAUAAACAUUUAAAUCACGUUGAUUUGUAGUUAGGUGAACGGUGUCUUUCUUGUUCCCACUCUGCACCUGUUUCUGCACCUGUAACUCUGUGCUCUGGAAAUGAUCACUCGUGGGAACUACAUAAUGCUUUACAGUCACACACCACCAACUAAUUCACUGAUUUUGGUGAAACUGGAUAAUAUUUUAUGGACAUAAUGUUUACUGGUUUUCCCUCUGAUGUAAUCUGGCUCUUCCUCUUCAACACUCAGUUAUGGAUAGAGUUUUCUGACUGAUACGGUCAAUGUAACCAGGCUCAGCACACUUUAUGAUGAUGAUGGAGCAAGUUGGGGAGAGAAAAAGAAAAAGUGACUAAGCAAGGAUCAGGAACGAGACCAACAAACCUAUGUGAGUCAACUGAAUAGUCUUCAAGU